AUGUCGGGCAAUUUUGAUUCCUGGGAAGACGCUGCGGCGCAGGAGGAAGACCUUUCAAAGAGGACACAGAAUAUGAGCAUGAAUGCCAACACUUUCAGGCCUGGAGCCGCAUCUUUUCAGCCUGGUGCUGCUACCUUCCAACCGGGACUGCCAUACCAACAGAAUGGCAUUCAAAACUACGGAUACGGACAACAGCAGGGCUACAACCAAUACCCUCAAUAUGGCCAGCAAUACAACCAGUAUCCUCAAUAUCAACAACAGCAGCCCCAGCAGCAGCAGCAGCAAAGCUACAACCAGGGCUAUAACAGCGGCCAGUUUGCCGCUUACAAUCAGACACCUGGCGGCUUUCAGCCCCGACAAGGCGCUCCCAUAAGCAUUGCGAAGAGAUCAGACACCCAGCCUGCGUCUGCCCCAGUACCCCAACAGGCACCCGCUCCAGCAACCAAGGCUCAAGCGACCCCUGAUGCUCCUGCACCCAAACCACAACCAGCUGCUGCGGCUCCUCCGAAAGCAAAGGUCCUAUCGAUCGGUGUCCCAACCUCAGCGUCCGCUUCCCCUAAGAAACCCGCCUCCCCCACCACCAAGGACGAACCGACCUCUUCAAAAGCUGAAGCCGGAUCCAAAGUUACUGCGGCAAAAGCCGUCGAGAAAACCGGUGAAAAAGUGAGCGGGAAGACAUCUCCUGCCCCGUCAUCAGGGAAGUCUUCCCCAACACCAGCAGAUGCCAAAAAGCAACGAAAUGCCGAUGAAGUCGCACAGUCGCAAACGGCCGACGUGGACGCAUCGGUCUUGCAGGAGAUGUAUGGGAAGGAACACGUCAACAUCAUUUUCAUUGGCCACGUCGAUGCUGGGAAAUCCACACUCGGUGGGCAGGUGCUCAUUCAGACAGGCAUGGUUGAUGAGCGUACGCUGGAGAAGUAUAAGCGGGACGCCAAAGAUGCAGGGCGAGAAACCUGGUACAUUUCGUGGGUAUUGGACUUGAACAAAGAAGAAAGAGCCAAGGGAAAGACGGUCGAAGUUGGCCGAGGCUUCUUCGAAACCGAGAAACGAAGAUACACCAUCCUCGAUGCCCCGGGUCACAAAACGUACGUGCCAAACAUGUUGAGUGGUGCGGCUCAGGCAGAUGUGGCAAUUCUGGUUAUCUCUGCUCGAAAGGGAGAAUUCGAAACGGGGUUCGAAAAGGGUGGACAGACACAAGAGCACGCCAUGCUGAUCAAGACCACCGGCGCCAAAGAGCUGGUCGUGGUAGUGAACAAGAUGGACGAUCCUACGGUGGAAUGGUCUAAGGAGCGAUACGACGAGAUCGUCGGCAAACUUAAACCAUAUCUAAAAAAGCGAAUCGGCUUGGAUUCUACCUUCAUGCCCAUCUCGGCACAAACGGGGAUCAACGUCAAAGACCGAAUUCCUUCCAGCGUCGCAAAUUGGUAUACGGGCCCCUCCCUCCUGGAAUUCUUGGACGGCAUGGCCAAAAUCCAGCGCAACAUCAAUGCGCCCUUCAUGAUGCCCAUCGGCGCCAAAUACAGAGACAUGGGCACCAUGAUCGAAGGUCGUAUUGAAGCCGGCGUGGUUCAGAAAAGCUCCACUUUGAUCAUGAUGCCGAACCGCGAGGAAGUUGGCAUUGCAGCCCUCUAUGGCGAGACGGAAGAUGAAGUUCCUUUCGCCACAUGCGGUGACCAAGUGCGCAUGCGCUUACGAGGCAUCGAGGAAGAAGACAUCCAGCCGGGCUUCGUGCUCUGCUCGCCGAAGCGUCUCGUCCACUGCGUCCGGGAGUUUGAGGCACAGAUCAACAUUGUGGAACUGAAAUCCAUCCUUUCUGCCGGCUUCAACUGCGUCAUCCACGUGCAUGCCGCAACGGAAGAAGUCACCUUUGCAGCGCUGCUCCACAAACUCGAACCAAAGACAGGACGCAAGAGCAAGAAACCGCCUCCAUUCGCUGCGAAGGGCCAGAACAUCAUUGCGAGAUUGCAGGUUACAAGCGGUGCAGGCAAGAUUUGCGUGGAGAGGUUCGAGGACUAUCCACAACUGGGACGGUUCACACUGAGAGACCAAGGGCAGACGAUUGCGGUGGGCAAGAUCACCAAGUUGAUUUUUGAUGAUGACUGA